AUACAACUUGGUACUCAACCACCGAAUUUAAUCGAUAAAUUGAAUUGAAUGGUGACUGCUUAAAUGCAUUAAUAUGGAGGUUUAAGCUUUGUUGAAUUAACAGGUAACCGUUGAAGUUGGGGUCACCAUGUGCACGUGUCAACACAAGAUGCACUGGAGCGUGGUAGCAAUACUGGUGAACCUCGUUGCCCUCGCCCUCUAUACCACCGCCGUGGCGUCGCAUCACUGGGCCACUAAAACGGACGCCGGCUAUGCUACGCACGCCGGUCUAUUUACGGCUUGUCCGAAGAUUAAUGGUACCUGCUAUGACACCCAUUACCAUUUCAACGAAUAUUCACACGAGAAAGGUGUCAUUAUUGCAAGCGCUGUUCUGAACGUGUUCGCGCUGAUCGGCUACUAUUUCUUUACGGUCCUAUCCGUAUUUUUCUUGUGCGGCCUCUACGAAGAGAAACGGCUGGCCACUUAUGCAAUCAUAACUGCCUAUUUCGCAGGAUUCCUUGCCGCCAUUGGCAUAGCGAUGUACGCAGUGGCCAUCAAGCGACUUGAUUACUCCCUCAGUUGGUCCUUUGUACUGGCUGUUCUAGGGCUGAUCGUCAACAUGGCCGCCGGCAUUCUCAUGUGUGUUGGACGCAAUAUCAGUAAGAUGGCUACCGACGAGGAAAAACCGACGUCGCAGCAUCCCAUAGAAAAUAUUGAUCUUGACGUCACCCGGCGGAAGCAAUGGCAUGAGGAGGAAGGACAGGAAUUUGGUGGCAAACUUCCUAGAAAAAAGCCACUUCCGGGAGCGUCCAAGUAAAAAGACCAUCUUAUUGCAAUGCAACCUCAUAUUGUGCAUAAGAUUACACUCCGAUAAAUAUGGACACAAAUAUGCGAAGGGCUGUGCAACGGAAACCACGACCAGUGGGGUCCAGGUAGAACAAAUAACUACAGCAAUUUCAUAAGGAACUUACGAACGAAGUGUUGUUUUACGCAAUUCAUCUAUACAAUGUAUGUCAAAGCAACUAUUUAAUAUGAAGUACGUAAAUGCUAUCUUUGCAUUUUGUUCCAAACGCCACUUUUAAAUUCAUCGCUAAAUAACAAAAGUAGGCGAUUUAUGUGGUAAACACAUUCAUCUACCUGAUGCAGUAAAAUAUAAUAAUAUUU